UUCCCCAAUCUCUUAUUCUCUUUGAAGGCAAAACCAAAUCAUUUCCUUCUUAUUAUUCUUCUUCACCGUCAUCAUCGCCGGUCUACCACGGCAACACCGAUUACAAAGGGGUUUUCUUCUUUCGCCGUUAGAUCUGCCAUCUGUUGUAUUUUGUGUAAUAUUUUUACAUAAAAACGCUCGAUUGAUUUGUUUAUGUAUCUUUUGGGGAUCAAAGUUUGUGAAUUGAUGAUUCGGAGUGAUAAUGAUCAAGUUGAAUUACACAACUAAAAGCAACUACUUAGCUUACUCAAAUUCAUUCAGCCAACCGAAAUAUUGCAGUGCUUGAGAGAAUCCGCUUAUGAGAGCCGCAUUAAUGGUCUAAAGUUACGAAACACAGGGACUUAUUUGUGAAUAUAUAUGGGCUGAAUGCACAUUUCAUGGGAGGUGUAGAGGAUAAUGAACCACCGUCAAAACGCGUGAAAGCAUCUUCUAGAGAACUAAAAGGUGUUUCAAACGGACUAAAACAACCAUCAACUUACUCAUUCGGUGCAUCAAUGGCUCGGCCCCUAGCUUCUCAAGGGGACGGUGAAAUAAUCGGUUCAAAAGGAAUUAAAAAGGUGGAAUUCGUUAGAAUCAUAGCCGAAACUUUAUAUUCUCUCGGAUACAGUAAAACCGGAGCAUGUCUUGAAGAAGAAUCCGGAAUACCUUUUCACUCGCCAGCUGUCGGUAUUUUCAUCCAACAAAUUCUUGACGGAAAUUGGGAUGCAAGUCUAACUUCGUUACGCAAAAUUGGUAUAACGGAUGAAUCUAUAGUUAAAUCAGCGUCUUUUAUAAUAUUACAACAGAAAUUCUUUGAACUUUUGGAUCAUGAAAAGUCAAUGGAGGCGUUGAAAACACUGAGGACUGAGAUAUCGCCUCUUUCGAUUAACAGUAACCGAGUUCGUGAGCUUUCUUUGUUCAUAUUGUCUCCUAAAUUCAGGAUCACGGGAGUUUCUGGUCAACGAUCAGCCAAACCGAAGGCUCGUUCAGAGAUACUUGAAGAAUUGCAAAACUUGUUGCCUCCAACGGUGAUGAUACCAGAUCGAAGGUUGUUACAGUUAGUCGAACAAGCUCUUGACUUGCAACGAGAAGCUUGUGUGUUUCACAAUUCUGAUGUUGGAGAAACAUCGUUGUUCACUAAUCAUCAUUGUGGAAGAGAUCAGAUUCCUUCACAAACAAUUCAGAUCUUGCAAGAGCACCAGGAUGAAGUCUGGUACUUGCAGUUUUCUCAAAACGGGAAAUACUUGGCGUCUUCAUCAAGUGAUAAUUCCGCAAUUAUUUGGGAGGUUGGUUUGGAUGGUAAAGUAUCCCUAAAACAUAGAUUACUCGGCCACCAAAAACCCGUUUCUAGCAUCGCGUGGAGCCCAGACGAUGAUCAGAUCUUGACUUGUGGCAUAGAGGAAGUCGUUAGGCGUUGGGAUGUUACAUCCGGUGAAUGUCUUCGUGUUUACGAAAAAGGCCUUCUCGGUUUAAUCUCGUGUAGUUGGUCUCCGGAUGGUAAAUGUGUGUUCUCGGGGUUAACCGAUAAAAGCAUAAUAAUGUGGGAUAUGGAUGGAAAAGAGAUAGAAUGUUUAAAGGGUCAGAAAACGGUUAGGAUCUCUGAUUUGCAAAUAACGAGUGACGGGAAAUUUAUAAUUUCAAUAUGUAAGGAAACUAUGAUAUUGUUGAUUGAUAGAGAAUCAAGAAGUGAAAGAUGCAUAGAAGAAGAGCAGAUGAUAGUUUCGUUCACGUUAUCGAGGGACAAUAAGUACUUGUUGGUUAGUCUCGUGAACGAAGAGUUGCAUCUUUGGAGUAUCGAGAACCAUAUCCAACUGGUUACAAAGUACAAGGGGCAUAAACGGUCUCGGUUUAUUGUUAGGGCUUGCUUUGGUGGACUUGAGCAAGCAUUCAUUGCUAGUGGAAGUGAAGAUUCUCAGGUUUAUAUAUGGCAUAGGGGAUCAGGAGAGCUGAUUGAGACACUAGAGGGCCAUUCCGGGGCGGUUAAUUGUACUAGCUGGAAUCCAGUGAACCCACAUAUGUUGGCAUCCGCAAGUGAUGAUCGUUCAAUACGCAUUUGGGGCUUAAAGCAAUUGCAUUCAAAGCAAAAAGGUAAAGAAAAGUCUACAUCCAACAAUGGUGUUCACUAUUGCAAUGGAGCAACAGUUUGAAUAACUUCUGAAGUUUGAUUGUAAAUACAUGAACUUGCUUACUCAUUACAGGAUAUUUGCAACUGUAAUUUGAAUCUGAAUUGGACCACUUCUAUCAUCAUCAUAAUAAACCUUCUUUACUGGUUUAUGUGUGCCAA